AUGACGACGGAAUCCAACCUGGGCCGCGGUGAAAAAGUUGGCCGCGGCGGUAGAGGUGGAAGAAGCGGAAGGGGAGGACGUGGAGGGCGUGGUGGUCGCGGUGGCCGUGGUGGUAGAAAUGGAAGAGGCGGUCGAGGAAACAACAAGGCAAAAAGCUCAUAUGAUACAAAUGAUACAAAUGCUGAGCCAUCUGACCUGAAAGCAAACGCUCCAGAGUUCAAACCAGGGGUAGGAACUUCAGGUCCUUCUUCUUCCAGCGAACAAAGCAAAAAUACAAAUAGCAAAGGAAAUACCCAAAAGCAAAACUCCAAGAACAAGAACAACAACAAAGCCAAAGGAAAGCAGGGCAGCAAGGGAGCUGCGAACAACAGCAAGGACAACGAUCCGAAGGGGGUCAAUCAGAAGAAAGGAGGAAAGGAAAAUGCAAAGAACGAUAAGAAAAACGGCAAUGAACCGAAAGAAUCGAAGGAUAACCCAAGCAACACGAAGAAAAGCAAAAAUGAACCGAACGAAAAGAAGAAAAACACAAAUGACCAACAGUCUCGAAAGAAGGGCAAAAACAAUAGCAACAGCAAUGACAAUUCGAAGAAAGAAUCCAAGGCCAGGAACAACAAUUCAAAAGGAGGGAAUCAGACCUCCGCCAGCACGGCAGCUACGCCUCAGAAACCAUCCAUCCCUCCGAACCAAUGUCAGCAAACCAACGACCUCAACUACGCAAGAGGCGAACAUAUCACUAUUUUCCACGUUGGCGAGAAACCAUCGAUCGCACAAGCGAUUGCAAAAGGGCUUUGCAAUGGAGAUAUGAUAUUCCGAAAAAAAAUACUUCCUGUGCAUGAAUUCACGAAUCCAGCUUUCCCCAAGGCUCCUCACGCCAAGAAAGUCACGCACAAGGUUAGCAGUGUUGCUGGACAUGUGUUUUCUGUGGAUUUUCCGCAACAAUACCAGUCGUGGGAGUCUGUAGAUCCAGCUGAGCUCUUCACGGCUCCCAUUGCCCGCAAGCCCUGUAAGGGUUCGGUUGUAAAGCACCUACAGGAUGAAGCACGAGGAGCAAAUUUCAUCGUCUUGUGGAUGGAUUGCGAUCGCGAAGGAGAGAAUAUCAAUUUUGAAGUUUUGGAUUGUUGUAUGCACCUAAUGAAAGGUGGGGCUGGUGUCGCCAAUUAUGACCGCGUCUACCGGGCGUAUUUCUCGGCGAUCAACCCCUCUGACAUUAUCAAAGCCUACAACAAUCUUGGAAAGCCAGAUAAAAACCAGGCACUUUCCGUCGAUGCUCGCCAGGAAUUGGAUCUAAAGGUCGGUGUUGCUUUUUCGAGAUUCCAAACUCGGUUUUUUCAGGGAAGAUAUGGUGAUUUGGAUAGCAGUGUCUUGUCAUACGGGCCUUGUCAAACUCCCACACUAGGAUUCUGUGUUCAAAGACAUAUCGACAUUGAGACAUUCAAGCCAGAACCUUACUGGACGCUAGAGCUUGGUGUUCUGAAAAGAGGUCGGAUGCUCAGAGCGACGUGGGAAUCGGGACGUUCGUUCAAUAAGAACAAAACAAUCGACCUUGUUGCAAAAGCCUUUGAAGAUAAUCCCAACGUCAUGGUGACAAGUGUUAUUACCAGAGACAAGAAACAAGGGCGUCCAAUACCGCUUAAUACAGUCAACUUGCUAAAGGCCUGCAGUAAGGCGCUUGGUAUAGGCCCACAUUCUGCUAUGCAAGCUGCAGAACGUUUGUAUCUUAGUGGUUACCUGAGUUACCCGCGAACAGAGUCGACUGCAUACCCGAAAUCAUUCGACAUUAGAGGGACGCUCCAACAGCAAGCUGGGGAUGCUCGCUGGGGAACCUACGUAAAGGAGCUUUUAGCUCUUAAAGGGCAUAACACAUCAAGAGGUGGCGUCGACAUGGGGGAUCAUCCACCUAUAACUCCCUGCCGAUCAGCCGGUUUCCAUGAACUGUCUGGGGAUAUGGCUCGCAUUUAUGAACUUGUUGUGAGACAUUUCAUUGCCUCUGUGAGCCAUGAUGCCGUGUGGCGUUCUACCAAGGUUACAUUUGAGAUUGAGUCCUUGGGUCCAAAGGGUAACUUCUUUCUUUCUGGAAAAGAGAUCGUCUCGAAAGGUUUCUUGGAAGUCCUUCUCCACAAACAGUAUGGUGACGAAGUCGAAAACGACGAAGAUGAUGAAGAGGAGCGCACGAUGCCUGAAUUCAGAAAGGGCGAGGUCAUUCCACUGUUAAAGACCAAUACAGGUUCCAACUCGUCGAAAAUUCAAAUGAGUACCGCCGCUCCUGUCUGGGCAUCAUUGGAUGUCAAGGAGAAGCAGACGACGCCGCCUGGAUACCUCACGGAAUCUGAACUGAUUGGGAUGAUGGAGAAAUAUGGAAUCGGAACUGACGCAAGUAUUCCAACUCACAUUCAGAAUAUCCAAAAUAGAAAUUACGUUCGACUAGAGAGUGGCAGGCGACUGCUUCCCAACAAGCUUGGUCUAGUUCUGGUACAAGGCUAUCAUCGGAUUGACAGUGGCCUUGUGCUUCCAAAGGUUAGAUCAGACAUUGAAGGCCAGUGCAAUCGGAUUUCCAAAGGUGAAAUGAGUAAAGACGAUGUCGUUGAAAAGGCAAUAUCGAUGUUUGAAGCCAAGUUUGAUUUCUUCGUCAAAAACAUCAACCGGAUGGAUGUCUUGUUUGGUUCCUCCUUUUCCAAGUUGGAAGACGUCGGAAAGGCGUUUACUCGGUGUGGACAAUCAAGACGGUACUUGCAAUUCAUUGAAGGACCACCACCUCGUCUAUACAACAGACAUACAGAAACGGUUUAUCCACUACCAGCUGGUGGUAUCGUCAAGCAGUGGUCGGGACGCCAAUGUCCUGUGGAAGGAUGCGGCUUUGAAUUGAGCAUGUAUUCGGUUGGUGCUCCACCACGUGCAUUCCCACUGUGUCCCAACUGUUUCAACAGUUCAGAAUGGUCACUUCGGGAGCCUGAGGAGGAUCCAGUUGACAGGGAAGAUCAGGCAAAAGAACAGCAAAUCAAGCGCAUGGCUGGAAAAGCCUUGACUUUGGAAUGCCCACUGCCAGACAACCACCCAUUGAUUGAAGAGCUCUAUGUUAGUCCAGACCCAGACAGUGAUGGAGUCUUUAUACUGGACCCACAUUUUGGCCCGAAAUGGCGAUUAGUGUCGACUCGGGAUGCCACCAUUAUCCAUCUUCCAAAGUGUAUUGACAAGGUGACCAUUCUCGAUGAAAAAGAUGAAGUUUUGGGGUGCCACAAGAUGAAGAUUGAAUUCAAGGCUGGCGAGUCACCGCUGGAAAGCAAAGAAUCCAAGUAUACUUGUUUCUUCCCUACCGACCCAGUUAUGCAAAGCUCAUCGCGAGUAUUCCAUGGAUCUGAGCGGACCAAUGCCACUGGAAGAGGUCGAGGAAGAGGUAGGGGUGGACGUGGGCGAGGCCGCGGAGGUCGAGGUCGCCGAAGAUGA